AAAUAUAUAAAUGUAUGACACGUAUAAAAUCGGACAACGUUAGUGGGAGGAGCGUCGGGGACAGAGGAGGAGGGUGGUGAAGAACAAGGCCUAGAUCCGAUCAGCAAUGGCGAGCUCUUCUGUCAUUUUCCAAAUCGCUCUGGUGCUUCUUAGCCUUACAGAUUCAGGGCUUAGCCAUGGAGUAGGGAUAAACUAUGGACAGAUAGCGAACAAUCUGCCAUCUCCGUCAAGAGUGGCCAUCCUCCUCAGAUCUCUGAACAUCAGCAGAGUGAAACUGUACGAUGCGGAUCCCAGCGUUCUGGUGGCCUUCUCGAAUACGAAUGUGGAUUUCAUCAUCGGAUUAGGGAACGAGUACUUGGAAAACAUGACAGACCCUCUGAAAGCUCAAGCUUGGAUUGAGGAGCAUGUUUCACCCCAUCUGCUGCAGACAAAAAUCACCUGCAUCACCGUCGGAAAUGAGAUUUUCAACAGCAACGACACCGGCCUGAUGUCGAAUCUCCUCCCAGCAAUGCAAACUGUUUACACAAGCCUUGUCAACCUUGGCCUCGACAAACAAGUUGCCGUCACCACUGCUCACUCCCUUGCCAUUUUGGGAAACUCCUAUCCUCCAUCUUCCGGGACUUUUAGGCAAGAUCUUGCUGAAUAUCUGCAACCCCUUUUGAGUUUCCAUGCACAGACCAAGUCCCCUUUCCUGAUAAAUGCAUAUCCAUACUUUGCGUAUAAGGAUAAUCCCGGAGAAGUUCCAUUAGAAUAUGUUCUCUUCCUGCCUAACCAAGGGAUGACUGAUCCCAUUACCAAUCUGCAUUAUGAUAACAUGCUGUAUGCUCAGCUUGAUGCUGUUUAUUCGGCUAUCCGAGCUAUGGGCCACACCGAUAUCGAGGUCAGGAUAUCCGAGACUGGUUGGCCUUCAAAAGGGGACGCCAACGAGGCCGGAGCAACUCCCGAGAACGCAGGGUUGUACAAUGGCAAUCUUUUGAGGAGAAUCGAGCAGAGGCAAGGCACUCCGGCCAAACCUUCAGUUCCUAUCGACAUUUAUGUGUUUGCACUUUUCAAUGAGGAUUUAAAGCCUGGUCCUGCAUCCGAGAGAAAUUAUGGACUCUAUUAUCCUGAUGGUUCUCCAGUCUAUGACAUCGGAUUACAGGGCUAUCUCCCGGAGUUGACUAUAUCUUCAGCAACCGCAACCGCCAUUAAUGCCUUGUCCAUCUUCUAUUUUUUGAUCUUUCUUGUUACAUGCUCAAUCUGUUCUUAAGUGGUUGCACAUUUCUUGAUUGAAGAUGGAAAGAAACCAGGAGUAGAAAAAGAAAGAAGCAGAAAAUUUCCUAGAGACCAAUCCAAGCCAAAAGGAGCUCUAUAGGGAGGCAGAAGCAGAAAAGGUUUGUCGAAAUUUUUCAAGCAGUGAUGGAUUGGAGCUUCGUUUUCAAAGUUGCGCCAGGUCAUUGGCUAACGCAUAUAAUAAUAAGUUCUAUGAAUAAGUAGGUAUUAUUAUUAUUAUUUUUUUUGCUGAAAGAAUAAGUAGGUAUUAUUGUUAUUCAAUCUGAUAAUUAAAAUAAUAAUAAUAAUAAUAAUAAAGUAAAUUCAAGCAUACAAAAUAGUUAAUAUUCUUUGUCAAACAUCUAAUAAUAAUGCAGGGUUUUUUCGGAGUUUA